GCACCACUCGCUCGGCCCCGGGGUUGUUUUCGUACACGAGUUCGUAUGUUUUGCAGCAAACUACACUUAUUCGGUAGCAGAAACCGAGUGGUUAAACUCAUCAUUUUUGUUUGUUGACAUCAUUUAGAUUAGUUAAUAUCUAAUAAUGCGCGUGCUCCGCAGCAGGCCUCGCCUCGCGCUGUUGCUAUGGUGAACGGAAGACGCCGCGCCACCGGAACUAUCAGUGCGCGUGUUGUUAGUUUGCUAACUAAUUUACAGGUUUUGACUUUAUUAGGUUUUUGCCCCAAAAGUGUUAUACUGUUUAGACGAAAUAGCUUUUUAUUGAUUGUUGCUGGUGAGUGUAUUUGACAACGCACGCCGGAUUUAAACACGCUUAAUGGGAGUUAAUAUUUACUGCGAUAUUAUUAACAACAAUGGCUUUUUAUGAUGUUUACACCCAUCCCGCUUUAAUAAGACACAGAACACGCGUUUGCACCAGAGCAACGCUGUUUGUGUUUGUGGUGUUAUGCCUCACGUAUAUUUCGCCUCUUCUGGUGGCUUACAGAAGUCAAGGCUUCUGGCUGAAGAGGAGCACAUAUGAAGAGCAAGCAGUCAUUCAGUUCCAGUAUGACAUGAUUGUGAUCGGAGCAACAGACACACAAGGGACCUAUAUCGCAUGGAGCACCUUUCCCAACUUUAAUCGAUUGAUGGGAGAUAGUUUACGCGUCCCAUCUGUCUCUGUCCAGGAGGAGGACAGAGACCAGGAUGGGAAAUCUGACCUCCUCAUGCUCCAAAUCAACAUCCCACUCAAGCCAGAAGAACAGAUGUUCGGCAUCCAGCUCCUCCUUACCUUCUCGUACCAGCUGUUUCGAAUGUCUACGGUUGUGAUGCAGACGCUUGCCUUUGUGCAGCAUUCCUCGCCUGUCCCAGGAUCUCAGCUCUUCAUCUGCGGAGAUCUGAAGCUAAACCAGCGAACUCCUCUUCCUCACCGAGGUUUGCAUAGUAUCUACAACGUAUCACUGAUCGAUGCAUCCAGUCCGUUUGCGAGUACAUAUGACCUGGCCAACAUCAUUAGACUCUACCAGCAGAGAAACUUGACCGCUCACCUCUCGGGCGUCAUUCCCGUGUGGACGGUGGGCAGAGCUGCAAAUUCUCCGUUCCAGAUCAGCGCCCAGAUCAACUAUCCAGUGGAGACUAUUACCUAUCGACCGGGCUUCUGGGAAACGAUCAAGUUUGCCUGGAUUCAGUAUGUCAGCGUCCUGCUCAUCUUUCUUUGGGUUUUCCAGCACAUUCAAACAUUCGUCUUUCAAAACCAGGUUUUACCAACCACCACAGUACCACCGUUUAAACAGCACAGCUCCUGAGAUUUUUGUGUUUUUUAUGAAUUUUUUUUUUUUUAUUGUACAAUUAUCAGGAUCUUCAUUUGUUGUUGAGGACUAGUGUUUGCAGUGUUUUUCUAUAUACAUAGUUGUCUUUGUUCAGUUCAAGUGCAUUCAUGAGGAAUUCCCACCAGGAUGCUUGCGGAGUCGCUGGUUUUUCUGGUUUUAAAGUACUUCAAGUUCUGCUGCAUACUGCGCAAAAUAUUCCUUGUUGUGUUUAAAGACUGAUUAUAGAAAUAUUUCAAGCCAAAACUUCAAAGCAUGUGAUAAACUCAGGUAGAAUAAAAUGACCUCUCAGACCUCAUGCUGAUGUUUUCAAGUCCACAAAAACCAUGAAAAAUCCUUGAGGUGUUUGUUUAGAAGGACAUUUUUAUGUAUUUCUGAUUCCUCUUAGAGCAUGAGUAACAGUUAAACGCAUAAUGCUCAUCAACACAGUUGCAUUAUCAUGCUUGAUGUCUAAUCAGUGCUGUUGAGUCACUUACAUUUCACAAUGUUAGCAUGGUGCUUUGGGACAUGCUGGUUGCUUUUUGACAAUAAAUAAUGUAAUAACAUUAA